AUGUCAGAGGAGCGCAUUUCAGCCACGGUUCAGCGUAUUCAACACUUCGUUGCUCUGACAGGCGGCCUCGACAUCGCUAUCAUCCUGUCCCUCUCUGUAUCCAAACCUUUUUCAUCCGCGAAAGACCUUUUGAACGCUGCCGAAAUUGACGGCAUGGACGGGGUACAGAGUUACGCGCGCCUCCAAGCAGAGCUGAUGACCAGACCAGAGCUGAUAUGGGUACCAAUCCUACCUUUGGCAAACCUGGGUGGUAUCGUCGAGCUCAUCAAGACACACGCACAAUCGAUCAGCCGUCCUAAGCCAAAGCCUUCGUCUGCAUUACGUCCUGUGGACAUGUUAACACACUGCACUACCGACCCGCCUUUGUCUUCUCUUGCUGUCAACCUUGCCACUGAUACUUUCUCUUGCUUGAGAAAUCUGGCUCAGGCUGCGACGACUCACAACGCAAGCUCAUCUUCCCGCGACUAUGGAGACGUUGUCUCAUCAGAUGAUUCUUUACACAGUCUUCCGGGUUCGUUCAACGUGCUAGAGGGGCAAGUGGACCCCGAGAUCGUAGCAAACAUGGUUGACUUCUGGGUUAUGGAAUGGGCUAUUGAGUAG